AUGGCUGCUCCGCAUCAAGAAACUAGGACGGGACAGGUGUCCAUCGCGCCCCUCCUGAAGAGACUCGCCUACCCCGCUACAGAGGUUCAGGUCGCCGCGACCGAGAUUGCCGCGGCUUUUGCUUUGAUUUUCGAGGAUGGCUUGUCGCAAAUUCAAACUGCUGCGCUUCUGACGCUUUUGCACUCUACGGGACUCGACAAAGAUGCGGAGGUUAUUGCCAAGUGCUCCCACCGCAUGAGAGAAGCCGCUGUCCAGGUGGACAAGGCCGCUCUCAAGGCGGCUAUGAAGUCCCGCGGUAAGAAGGAAGGUGACUACAAGGGUGGUCUGUGCGACAUUGUCGGAACUGGUGGUGACUCUCACUCUACCUUCAACAUCUCCACCACCUCCUCCAUUAUUGCCUCUCCCCUUCUCCUCACAGCAAAGCAUGGCAACCGGGCACAAACGUCUUUCUCGGGUUCCGCCGAUGUCUUGCAAGCCGUGGCACCCAUCCCUCCGAGAAUCGAGGCCAUCAACGCCCAGAAUCUGAGUCAGGUGUACUCCGCAACCAAUUACUCAUUCCUAUUCGCGCCCAACUUCCACCACGGCAUGAGGUACGCGGACACUGUGCGACGUGGCCUGGGCCUUCGGACAAUUUUCAAUCUGAUGGGACCCCUGGCCAACCCGGUUGAUUGGGCCAUUGAGGCCCGCGUCGUCGGCGUGGCUUACCAGAGCUUGGGUCCGGUCUUUGUGGAGGCGCUCCGCCAGAACGGAUGCAAGAAGGCGUUGGUGGUUUGCGGAGCGGAAGACCUGGAUGAGAUCAGCUGCGCCGGCCCUACAAACUGCUGGAGCUUGUCGGAGUAUCCCAACGCCGCGUACAAGCAGCCGGAGAACGAGGACGAGGAGUGCUCCUGUGACGAGGACCAGAACCCCCGCACUCUAGUCAAGAUGCAAACGUUCCAGCUGCACCCGUCCGAUUUUGGACUCAAGGCCUACCCGCUGACGGAGGUCUUCGGGAAGAAGAUGCCCAAGGACAACGCCCAGAAACUCAUGAGCAUCCUGCGUAACGAACUGCCCCGUGACGACCCCAUCCUCAGCUUCGUGCUCCAGAACGUGGCCGCCCUACUGGUCACUUCCGGGAUCUGCGAGGCGGACACCAGCAACAUGGGCCCCGGGGAUGACGGUCAGGUGAUCACCGAGCGUGGGCCCGGCGGCGGACGCUGGAAGGAAGGUGUGCGCCGGGCGCGCUGGUGCAUUGAGAGCGGCGCCGCUCUCAAGAGCUUCGAGCACUUCAUUGAAGUGACAAACAAGCUCUGA